UUGUCACUCACAUUAUGUAACAAGUUGCACAGGCCCAUUUCUGUUCCUGGAGUCCUGUUUUAUACCCUUAGGUAGACUGCCAAUGGUGAAAGGAGUCAGCUGAGAGUAAACAGCACUCCUACUGGUGAAUAGUCUAUUCAACUGACCAGAAAACAUGGCUGCUGGAACUUCUUGUGAACACAAUGAACAGAGAUACCAGAAGCUGUAAACAAGAUCCUGCUGAUUACUCACACAAGGGAAACCUACACAGGUGGCUUAAUCAGGACAGAGUAACACAGACACAUGCUGCAGCUUGGAAACUGAAGUCUGCAUGGAGAUUACAAGACUGAGAGAAAUCAUGAAAUCUGUGCAGAACAGAAGAUGCCCUCUGCAGCCAAAAUACUUUGUAUCCCAGUUCCAAAUGGAUUUGAUAUGAAGACAUUAAAGUGGAAUGCAACAAUUACUAAAGCAUUUGAUGAGCAAAAACUAAACACAAGAUUUUACUUGGAUAGACAACAAUAUGUCAUGAUUGACCAAUGGUGUUAUGACACAGCCACUUUGUGGUACUCAAAAUAUUUUCCAUACUUGGUACUCAUGCAUUCAAUGAUCUUCAUGGUGUGUGCACAUUUUUGGUUUAAAUUUCCAGGGACUAGUUCAAAAAUUGAACAUUUUGUAGCUGUGCUAUUUAAAUGCCUAGAUUCCCCGUGGACAACAAAGGCACUUUCUGAAACUAUGUAUGAGCUUCCUGAUAAAAAAGAUCUUGGAAGUAUGACAGGACUGGACGCUUCACUUACAGAUAUGGCAAAUGCUUCAGAGAGCUCUCUUACAGACAAGAGUAUUCCUAUAAAGUCAAUGUCCUUUAACAAUUCUGUCUCAAAGGCACAAACACAAAAGUCCAGUGGCAUUUCAGGAAAGCAGCCCCUUACUAUCUUGGAUAAGAAAGAAGCUGAGCAAGCUAAGGCUUUGUUUGAGAAGGUAAAGAAAUUUCGGAUUCAUACUGAGGAUGGAGAUAUACUUUACACCAUGUAUAUUCGCCAAACAGUUAUACGGUGCUUUCAAACGCUUUGUGUCUUGUCUUACGUUUCAGUGUUAACACCACAAAUGCGCUACAUCAUACACUGCAGGGAUGACUCUCACUCAACAGGAUGUUCUGAUUUCUUCUGUAUUCAUGGUUUGCUACGAUUAUAUGAAAUGUUAUCAUUUGCAUAUAUUGCAGUCAUUAUAUUGUACAGCUCCACUUGUAUAUACUCACUCAGUUGGAUCUUCUUUUGUAAGUUAAAAGAGUAUAGCUUUGCUAAGGUCCGCAAAGAAACAAAUAUUAAUGACAUACCUGAUGUUAAGAAUGAUUUUGCUUUCUUGCUGCAUUUAAUAGAUCAGUAUGACAGUUUAUAUGCCCAAAACUUUGCCAUCUUUCUUUCAGAUGUUAGUGAAAACAAGCUGCUUCAAAUAAAUUUAAACUAUGAGUGGACAGAAGAAAAGCUUUUACAACGAAUGAGUAACAAUUCACAAAAUAAAUGUGAGCUGCACCUCUUCAUGUUACCUGGAUUACCUUCUUCUGUUUAUGAAUUACAGAAUUUAGAAGUUCUUAAACUGGAGUUUAUAAGUGAUGCAUAUAUUGAACAACCAAUCUCUAAAUUAUCAUUAUUAAAAGAAAUGUGGAUUUUGAAUAGCACUGUUAAAGUGGAAGAAGAGGCACUGCAAUUUUUGAAGAAAAACUUGCAGAUAGUUCAUGUCCGAUUUGAAAGGCCGAAUGAGAUAUCAUAUUGGAUCUACAGUUUAGAAAACAUCAGAGAGCUUUUCUUUGAAGGUAAUUUUCACCCGGACAGCAAAACAGCUAUCACACUGCAAUCUUUCCGUGAAAUGGAAAAUCUUAAGGCUCUGCAUUUUAGAUCAAACUUUGCUAAAGUUCCAAUAGCUAUAAGUGACAUUGCAAAUCAUCUGUACUAUCUUAGUAUACAUAAUAAAAAAAACAAGUUAACAUCCUUAAAUAAUAUCAGAAAGCUUUCUGUAUUAAACACUCUUAAACUUGUGGAGUGUGGACUAGAUAGGAUCCCAAGUGUGGUAUUCACUUUAAGCAACCUACAGGAAUUAGAUCUUAGAGAAAAUAACUUGACUGGUAUGAGUGAAGUAGCAGGCUUCCAGAAUCUCAAGAAAUUUACAUCUCUUAAGCUACACUAUAAUGCAAUUGCAGUCAUAUCACCUUAUAUAGCAAAGGUAACAUCCCUGGAACACCUAAACUUCAAUAAAAAUAUGAUUAGUGAGAUCCCAUCAAGUUUAUUUAGUCUUCAUAGACUAAAGUAUCUCACUCUUGCAUACAAUUACGUUUCAGUCAUUCCUGAAGAGAUUUCUAAACUCCAAGAACUAUUAGUUUUCAACAUUGAACACAACAACGUAUCAGUAUUGCCAGGAGAGCUGUUUUGCUGCGCUAAGCUACGUGUACUUAUUUUAUCAAGUAACCUUAUACAAAAUAUCCCAUCAGCAAUUGGGCAUUUAAAACAACUUAGACAACUUGAGAUAUCAGAUAAUAAGCUUAGUAAUCUCCCUGCUGAUAUAGGCCAUUGCCCAUUCCUCAAAAGAAGUCAGAUUGUUGUUGAAGAGGAUAUUUAUAACACAUUACCGCAGAGUCUCAGGGAAAUAUUGCAGGAGCAAUCAGAGGAGGUAUGAAUUA